UUUGCGAAUAUUUGGCAUUAGGUUAUAUUGUAAUCAUAUGGGUCAUUUUGUAAGUCGCAUCCUAAGGCCUUUUUAUAGGAACAUCUGGCACGAGCCGGUUCUUGUCCGUUGCAACUUCUACAUAAAUACCCAGCCCGUUGAUGUAUAUUUUUGUUUGAUAACAUUGGGUAGCUCAAUUUUCUUAAUCCCUUUUUCAGUCUUACGGAAAUCUUUGUCAAAAGCUAUUUCAACACUCGAACAUGGAAAUGAUUUUGUCAGUUAAUGAGACGAUAAGAUAGAAGGAUGUAAAGGAAGGCAAUGGCAACAGGUUCUGCAAAUAUAAUUCAUAGAGACCAGCUUCGUAACUCACAAUAUGCUAAUUGGGUUAAGGCUGGUCUCAGUCUGAAGUACUUCAAGGAAGGUAUUGAGGAAUUUGUAGAUUCAUGUUUGAGGCGACAACAAGAAAGUCUUCUGAGCGUCGUCAAGAAUGAGUUAAGCCUUACAUCAGUACAUUGCUAUCAAUGUACCUUGCAGAGUCUUUGCCACAUAAAACACGCAGUUGUGGCAGAGGAAAAUCAUGUCAUUGUUACAUGCAACAAUCAAGAAGACCAUGUCCAAAGAAUAUCUGUGGUAAGAUAUAUGAAAGGAUUAUAGUGCAGCAUAGGUAUGGGUCUCCUUCAUGGCACAACACAGAUCUCUCCAAGUGGUGUACAGAUCACUGGGAAAUUGGAAAAUGUUUCUUGGACAAGAAAGGUUACAAAGAAAAGACAUCAACAGCAGACACAGACUGCAAGGGACUUCUUAACAUUAUAAUCAACAACCUGUUCAUUCACAGUUCUAUUGACGAGCUAGUUGAUCCACCAAAUGAUACAUUUUCAAAGAUUAAGUCGGCACGUAAUGCAGUUCUACAUUCACCAACUUUGGAGUUAACUGAUGUUGCUUUGAAUAAUCUCAUCAAAGACAUGAUAAGUGCACUGAAUGACAAGAAAUGCCUGAAAGGGAGACAACGAUCGGAAGAAGCCAUUCAAAAGCUGCUAUUGCUGAAGAGUGACAAAUUUAUCAUAAGUAACAAGGACGAGAUGGCAAUCCGAGAAUCAGCUCUAGAAGCAAUCCGAGAAGAUUAAGUAGACGCGAUUGAAGCUUUGGAAGAUAAACAAGAGGAAAUUAUACAAACCAUUCAAGUCGACGAAUUAAAGGAUAAGGUUGUAAAACUAAGGCAAUCUGUCGAUUCUUUGAGUUCAAAACAAGCUAAUGCUGAUUUGAGCUUACAGUCAUGAACCACUUUAGAGAUGGAACAGUCAAAAACGGAGGAAGAUUUGUCAAUGACGAAGCAACAGAUGACAUCCAUGGCAAAUGUUCAGAACACAUUAGAGGCUCAGUUGCAGUCAGUUAGAACCACUGUAAAUACACUACCGUCAGUAAACUCCAGACUAGAUUCUAUAGAGCAGAGACAACGUGUGUUAGAUACAGAUGUUGCAGGCAUAAAGGAUACUCAGAAAAAUGUGUUGGUCGAGUUGAAACAAAUGCAGAAUGACAUUCUACAAUUUAAACUUAGGUCAAAUGAAGAAGACAAAACUGAACUUUCUCAUCAACAGAAGAUAGCUUAUUUGAAGAAAAAGGCGGAAUUUCAAUGUUCCUUGUGUAACUUGUACGAUACAUACCUUUCAACAAUUCCCGUUUCACCAGUAUUGGAAGAAAUUGAUGCUCGCAUAGAGGAUAUAUAUGUUGCUCUUACAAUUACCGACGACCUUGUGCGACAGGAAGAACAAGACUUUUGGACAGUGCCAAGGGAGGUAAAUGGCUACGCUGAUAUCCUUACCAAGAACGACAAGCCUUGCAAGAAUGUUUACGUCAUAGGAGAUGCUGGGAUAGGCAAAACUACAUGGUGUCUUAAAGUGCUGCGAUCAUGGUCUCUUUCUUUGAAGAAAAUAGCCACAACAAUGCCGGCGAAUGAAAACUUCAUAUCAGAGAACUUUGACAUAGUGCUGUUUGUUUCACUCAGACUUGCUUCCACGGACUAUAACAUUUGCGAUAUGAUUCAAAGUCAACUGUUUGAGGAAUAUCCCAGUAUGUACGAAUCUGCUUUAGAGAUAAUGCGAAAAGAACCAGAGAGGUGUCUUUUAAUUUGCGAUGGUUUAGACGAAUGGAUACCUCAACAGUCGGUCGUAGAAAGGUCUCCAUUGUACGCAGCUGAUCUUCUUGGAAGGAAAGAUCUGAACGGUGCUAUAAUAGUUACAACGACAAGGCCAUGGAAACUAGAUCACAUACGCCUCUCUGAUAAGCACAUUGACCGCUCGGUAACCAUCGAAGGAUUUUCAACUCACCGAAAGGUAGUGACUCUAGCGACGAAAAUAAUAGAACAUCUCAACAUGAAAAACAGUGAAACCUCAAUUAUUUCAAGGGAAAUAACUGAUUUUGAGACCGAUUUGAAAACUGUCUUUAGACUGGACACGGGUAACAAAAAACCAACAAUUUAAAGACCCCACUGCUGCUGACGUACGUUGUUUGCAAAUGGUAUGAUAACGGAAAUUUCGGCGGUAAUACGGCUUUGAAUUAUAUGAAUAUUUUUGAAUUCCUGUUCGAACAUUUUGAAAAGAAAUACAACAUUCGAAAUACACAACAAGAAUUUAGCAACAAUGAACUGCCGCUUUGUAUAAAGAAUAGGCCUGGUUGCAUGAAAUAUGCUAAUGUUCUUGUGAAACUUGCAUCUUUUGCGUUCAACACACUGGUAUCUGAAACAGAAGAAAGUAAACUAGUGU